AUGGAGGAUGAUGGCGCCAGCAACGGAUUCCUCCGACCCCUAUCCCAGCCGGCGUUGAACUCGAGAUUUCCGUCACUACGACGCUUGAACUCCACCGAACCCUACCGACACCGUUCGUUACCUGCUGAACCCUCACCUGGCUCCGACCGUGCCAGCAGUGAGAUUACCUUCGCUGUCCUGUAUGAUGAUGGCCCCGACUACCACGUCGGCCGAUACGACGAUCAGGGGUCGAUGCGGUCUCAUCAGCAACGAGACUCGAUACAGUCCUACGCCCCGUCCUUCCGAACGCGAGACUCGAGGAUAGUCAGCGACGACCAUUACCUCGGCCGUGACCAAGACUUUGUAGCGAACCAGAGAUUACUGGCAGAAGGCUACCUAAACAGCAAUGAUUCCCUGUACGACCAGUCAGUUCCUCGUUAUCCUACCCAGUCAGAAGAGACGUUAGCCAUGAACACACUACAUAAUACAUAUCCUCGAGAUGAGAAGAGACCGUUGUCACAACAAAUGACUCCUCCGAUGGACCGAGCGACCAGCAAACAUUCACAUGAGUCCUGGUGCACGUGCGAGGAAGACCAUGGCCAUGGUCAUAGCCACGGCAUGUUAGACAGGAAGGACCCAGCCAAGUUUGAUCUUGAAGCCCAGAACGGCCCUGCUACCCCCACCCCCUUCCUACCGAAGGAGAAGCCUGGUGGUGGCCCCGGCGGCCCCGGCGGUCCUGGUGGUCCGGGAGGUCCCAAGAAGCCCAAGGAUCCCUUCGAUGUAAGUCUCGCGCACGAACGUACUCGAUCGAACAAGACCAGGGCUAACUUCGCAUUGCAGGUCACGUUUGAAGGUCCUAAUGACCCGCUUAACCCAAAGAACUGGCCGAGCAAGAAGAAAUGGGCCAUCACCAUGCUCACAGCGGCAUUCACUUUCCUGUCACCUCUUGCUUCCUCGAUGAUUGCACCCGCCUUGUUCCAGAUCCAAGAAGACUUCGACAUCAAGAGCGACUUUGAGCUGCAGAUGACUCUGUCCAUCUUCGUCUUGGCCUACGCGAUCGGUCCUAUGAUUCUGGGGCCUCUCUCCGAAUUAUACGGCCGUGUCGUCAUCCUUCAAUCCUCCAACGUCUUGUUCCUGGCCUUCAACACGGCCUGUGGCUUUGCUCAGUCUUCCGCACAGCUCCUGGCUUUCCGCUUCCUGGCCGGUCUCGGUGGUUCUGCUCCCCUGGCCAUUGGUGGUGGUGUCCUCGGUGACUUGUUCAAGCCCGAAGAGCGUGGCAAGGCCAUGGGUAUCUACGCGAUGGGGCCUCUUCUCGGUCCCGCCAUUGGUCCGAUCGUGGGCGCCUGGGUCGCCGAGAAGUCCACUUGGCGAUGGAUGUUCUAUGCCUCGUCGAUUGUCAACGCCUUCAUCCUGGCGGCCGGAUUCUGGAAACUCAACGAAACCUACGCUCCUUACAUCCUGCACAAGAAGGCCAAGAUGAUUCGCAAGCAGACUGGCGACAACCGUUACCGCGCAGAAGGCGAAGGUGAGGUGGACCAGCCAGUCUGGAAGAAGAUCGUCAAGACCAUGGUCCGAUCGUUUGGCAUGCUGUUCAGCCAGCCCAUCGUCCAGGUCUUGGCUCUCUACAUGGCUUUCUCGUACGGAAUCCUGUACCUCGCUCUCUCCACGUUCCCCAACCUGUACAUGAAGGUCUACGGAGAAUCCGUCGGCAUUGCUGGUCUCAACUACAUCUCCCUCGGUCUGGGCUUCUUCAUCGGUGCCCCUCUCUGCGGCAAAUCUGGCGACAAGGUCUACCGCAAGCUCAAGGCCAAGGAUCCCCGAGGACUGGGCAAACCCGAAUACCGUAUGCCAGUCGUCAUCCCCUUCUCGCUCUUUGUGCCCAUCGGCCUCUUGGUGUACGGAUGGUCCGCUCAAGUCAAAACCCACUGGAUUGUUCCCAACAUCGGCUCCUUCCUGUUCGGCAUUGGCACGAUCGCUGCAUUCCAAUGCGUCACCACGUACCUUGUCGACACCUACGCCCGGUUCGCCGCUUCUGCUGUGGCUGCCGUCACGAUCUUACGGUCACUGGCUGGUUUCAGCUUCCCGCUCUUCGCCCCCAUCAUGUACAAGGCCCUCGACUUCGGCUGGGGUAAUACCGUUUUGGCACUUGCCGCCGUCGGCAUCGGCAUUCCUGUCCCUAUCCUCCUCUGGCUCUUCGGAGAGAAGCUGAGGAAACGAAGCAGUCUCGCCAGCAAGGGUCCUCCGGGCGGUAGAGGCCCCGGAGGUCCUGGAGGCCCAGGUGGCCCCGGUGGUCCCCCAGGUGGCGGUCCUGGCGGUCCCGGUGGUCCGGGCAUGAAAGGUCCUGGAGGUCCUCCGGGUGGUCCUGGCGGCAAAGGACCGGCGCCUAGCGGCAAACCUCCCGGCUAUACGCAAUGA